AGGCUCCCAUGAGCAGUCUGUUCGAAGAGGAAGUUGAGGAAGACGACGAUGAAGAGGAGUACGAUGACGACGGUGAAGGAGAGGAGGCGCGCAAUAUGCAACGGGUGGUGGCUGCGCGCGAGAGAGCGCAUGCGGAGAGGCGAAAGAACAAAGAGAAGGAACGAUUGGAGAGUAUGGCCGACAGAUACGACAAUGCCGAUAAUGACGACUAUUCGGGUGAUGAAGAUGAUAGUGGUGGUAGGUAUCGUGCACACACAGAUAUCAUGGAGAAGGGACGGCUACCCUCAAUCACCGAUCCGAAACUGUGGAUGGUCAAAUGCAUUCCGGGCCGAGAGAAGGACCUGUGCUUUGCGCUCAUGCGUCGGUUCAUAGAGUACGAGUAUAGUGACAAGCCGUUGAUGAUCAAAAGCGUUAUCCAUGUGGAGAAUCUCAAAGGGCACAUCUACGUGGAGGCUCACAAACAGCCGCAUGUACAACAAGCCAUCAAGGGUCUGCAAGCACUGAAUCAGUACAGACAGCGUCUAGUGCCCACAGAGGAGAUGACCACUGUCAUGGAUUGUGUCAAGAAGGUUGACGCUAUCAAAACAGGUGCCUAUGUGCGUCUAAAGCGUACGGCCUAUAAAGACGACAUCGCACAAGUUCUAGAUCACGACGAGACAAAGGCCACCGUCACUGUGCGAUUGGUCCCCCGAUUGGACUUUGAACACAUACUGGCGAGAGAUCAACAGAAAACCGAAGAAUACCUUACAAAGCGGAAGGUCAAACCGAAACAGAAGCUCUUCAAUGCUGAUGAAAUCCGAGCGCUGAAUCUGCAAGACGAAGCGUUCGCAAUUACGAAGCCGCCCCCCCGCGGAGGUAGAACAGUAGAGAUCUUCGACAAGCAACGGUUCAAUGAUGGUUUCCUUAUAAAGAAUAUAAAUUUGGCGGCAUUGGUCGUCGAUGGUGUGCAGCCCACAUUGGAGGAAGCAAGACGAUUCGACGAAUCCGAGGAUCAGACAAUGCUCGACAACACGCGCAAACCAUUGACUCUGCAGAAGGGUGAGGUUGUCAAGGUAACGGAGGGUGAGCUGAAGGACUUGAUGGGAGUAGUGGAUCGCAUUGAGGAUGGGAAGGUGUUCGUCAUACCCAGACACAAAGACCUCAGUGAACUGGACUUCCCAGUCAGUCAACUGAAGAAGUUCUUCAAGAACGGAGACCAUGUCAAGGUAACCGACGGAGUGCACAAAGGCGAAACGGGUCUGGUGGUGAAAGUGGACGGCAGCACCAUUACGUUUUUAGAUGAUCUCAGCAUGGAAGAAGUCAAAGUGUUCGAUAGAGACUUAAGCCUUACAGAUGAAGUCAGCAGCGGAGUGGAUAGGCUGGGUCAGUACGCACUGCACGAUCUCGUACAACUGAAUCCACACACAGUCGCUUGUAUCGUCAAGGUCGAGCGAGAAGCGUUCCGUGUAGUCGAUCAAACAGGACAGUCACGACUGGUGAAAGCACAGGAGGUGCAGCAAAAGAAGUUCAACACACGCGCUGUGUCACUCGACUCACAGCAGAACCAGGUCAAGAUGAAUGAUGUGGUAAAUGUUAUCUCAGGCGCAGCCACGGGGAGCCAGGGUACAGUCAAGCACGUGUACAGGCUGUUCCUGUUUCUGCACUCACGUGAGCGGUUGGAGACCUCUGGUAUCUUUGUGGUCAAAGCACGUGAGGUGCUGCGAGUGGGCGGUGGUCAGAAUGGGACCAGCUCGGCCCCUUCAGGCAGCAACCGACCCUUCAUCCCACAGUCACCACGCCUACACGGUGGCGCUGGCAUGAUGCAAAUGGGCGGUGCUAGAGGCAGAGGCGGUGACCGUGGGCGUGGCAGAGGUCGUGGACGUGGUCGUGGGGGCCAAGACGAGCUACAGUACCAAACCGUAUCCAUCCGAAACGGCCCAUACAAGGGCUAUGUGGGCGUUGUCAAGGAAGUCAACGAGAAACAUGCCCGCGUACAGCUGAACAGUGUGAUGAAACUCAUCACCGUGGACAAGGACAAACUGCUGGUACGCAACAAAGACGGUACCAUUGCUAGCAACUCAGGCGGCCACUAUGCGAGAGGCGGGGGUGGUUCUAAUAAUAACAGCCAAUCAAACAUCUCCAUUGGAUCCCAGACGCCCGCAUACGGGUCGCAGACGCCGAGAUAUGGCUCACAAACACCCAGACACAUGGGCAAGGUGGCGGUUCAUAGACACUUCACGUGA